AUGGAUAUCCAGACCUGCGCUGUUCUCUCUGCGCUGGAGACGGUGGCAUGGGCCGGGUUUCAUGAGUAUCGGUCACUUGCCCUGACGUCUCGCAAGGAGCUCGUUGCGGUCUUUUCGGUCUUUUUCUUGGUGCAGUAUCUCUGCGUCAAGGUAUACCGGAUAUUCAUAUACCCUGUCCAUGUCUCUCCACUGAGACAUCUGCCAACACCCAAGGGGGACCACUUCAUGCUUGGGCAGCUUGUCAACCAAUUCCGAGCAUCCUGCCCGAACGAGCUGAAUCUCAAGUGGGCAAGCCAAUGGCCUGAUAGUCCGUUUGUGCGGUUUUACACCAUCGCCAACAGGGAGUCGCUUCUGGUCAACGGCAUUGAGGCGCACCGAGAGGUCUUUACCACCCACUGCUAUGCAUUUACAAAACCGAGCUUCUUUGGCCGCUUUGUUGGCGACAUUGCUGGCACCGGACUGCUGCUAUCUGAAGGAGACGAGCACAAGAGGCACCGAAAGAUGAUUCUGAAUGUCUUUUCAAUCCCGAACCUGAAGAAAAUGUUCCCGAUAUUUCAGGAGAAGGCCGAUGAGCUUUCGCAACAUAUCGACGCCAGAAUAGCGGCAAGCGCGGAUAGUACUAUCGAUGUGCAGCACAUCUACUCCAAGGCAACCAUCGACAUCAUUGGCAUCACGGCCCUGGGUCUGGACCUUCGCAAUCUCAAGUCGAGCAAACUUCGGAUGGACUUCUUACAAUGCUAUCGUCGCAUGCUUGAGCAGUCAUACCUGGCGGCCCUCAUCUCAUUUAUCAACAUACACGUUCCCAUCCGCAGGCUUUUAUGGUUCGUCCGCGCCAACCGCGACUUUGUCGAGGCGACCCAGGAGGUUCGCAGCAUGUUGCGGACCUGCAUCCGAGAACGCAUCCGGGACGUCGACUCGAGGAAGGGGGCAGAGGUCAAGUUCCAGAGCCGCGACCUGCUGACGUACAUGGUCGAGGAGAGGCUACUGGCGCAGUGCAAGGACCCGCUCACGACCGAAGACAUACUCGGCCACCUUCUCAACUUUUUGUCGGCCGGCCACGAGACGACGACGGGCGUCAUGACCUGGUCUUCGUAUGUCCUGGCCACCAACCCCCGGAUACAAGACAGGCUGCGCGCAGAGGUCGAGGCGCUGCUGAGGGAGUCGCCUCGCCCUAGCUACAGCGACAUUGAGCGGAUGCGGUACAUGCACAAUUUUGUGCGUGAGGUUCUCCGCCUCUACAGUCCAGCCGUCGCCACACACCGAGAAGCCGCACAGGACGUUACAAUCUGCGGAACCGUGAUCCCCAAGGGGACGCAUCUUGUGGUCUGCCCGUCGGUGUGCAACAAGUCGAAGCGCAUCUGGGGCGCGGACGCGGACGAGUUCGUGCCGGAGCGCUGGGACAAGCUCGAGGGCGAGGCGGCCACGCCCUACUCCAUCAUGACCUUCAUCGCGGGGCCCAGGCAGUGCAUCGGAAAACAGUACGCGCUGCAGGAGGUCAAGGUGCUGCUGGUCGAGGUCCUCAGCAAGUUCAGGUUUCUGCCGACCGAGGACCUGAUCAGGAACGACUUCAAGGUCAAGGUCGGCAACCCGGGCGUGGUCCUCCGACCCAAGGGCGGCUUGAAGCUCCGCGUUGAGCGUCUCUGA